AUGCCCAGGUGGAGCUGCCUGGUGACAGGAGCAGGAGGGUUUCUGGGCCAGAGGGUUGUCCGCAUGUUGACUCAGGAGAAAGACCUACAGGAGAUCAGGGCCUUGUACAGGUCCUUCACUCCAAAACACAGGGAGGAGCUAUCCAAGCUGCAGACAAAAGCCAAGGUGACCGUGCUGAAGGGAGACAUCCUGGAUGCCCAGUGCCUGCAGAGAGCCUGCCAGGGCAUCUCUGUUGUCAUCCAUACUGCGGCCGCCAUUGACGUCUCAGGUUUCAUUCCCAGACAGACCAUCGUGGAUAUCAAUCUGAAAGGUACUCAGCUACUGUUGGAUGCUUGUGUGGAAGCCAGUGUUCCAGUCUUCAUCUACAGCAGCUCAAUGUCCGUGGCUGGACCAAACUCCUACAAGGAGAUCGUCCGGAAUGCCUGUGAGGAAGAGAAUCACGAAAACAAGUGGUCUGAUCCAUAUCCAUACAGCAAGAAGAUGGCUGAGAAGGCAGUGCUGGCAGCCAAUGGGCGCACCCUAAAAGAUGGCGGCACUUUGCAUACUUGUGCCUUAAGACUCCCAUUCAUCUAUGGAGAAGGAAGCCAACUGCUUUUGGCCGUAAUUAAUAGAGCACUCGAAAACAAUGGCGUUAUUUGGAAUUUUUCCAAAUUCUCUGUGGCCAACUCAGUGUAUGUGAGCAAUGGGGCCUGGGCACACGUUCUGGCUGCCAGGGGCCUACGAGACCCCAAGAAAUCACCAAACAUCCAAGGGCAGUUCUACUACAUCUCAGAUGACACUACUCACCAAAGCUAUAAUGAUUUAUCUUACAAUCUGAGCAAGAAAUGGGGUUUCCAUCUUGAUUCCAGAUGGAGCCUUCCUCUCCCCCUGCUGUACUGGCUUGGCUUCCUGCUGGAAGUGGUGAGCUUUCUGCUGCGUCCAAUCUACAACUACCAGCCUGGCUUAACCCGCUUCACGGUCACACUGUUAAAUAGUGUGUUCACCUUCUCCUACAAGAAAGCUCAGCGAGAUCUGGGCUAUGAGCCUCUUGUCAGCUGGGAGGAAGCCAGGGAGAAAACUUCAGAGUGGAUCGGGUCACUAGUGGAGCAGCACAAGGGGACACUGAACACAAAGACUCAGUGA